AUGCACCCAGCCUUAAGGGAAGCACUGAGAAUUCUAGGAUAUGCCAACCCUUACCAUGGGUUUUCGUGCCUGGAAAAUCCUGCCGACUGUGGAAUUUGGCAUUUGGCUUUGUCUGCCAAAUAUAAUGGCGUCGGGAAACCAUUCGGCCGAAAGGAAUUUGAGAAGGUCCUAGGUGACAGCCAGGCUGUCUGUGGUGACUUUCCGGUAGCUUGUUUUGGUCCAGAGUUGAUCGAAGCAUAUCCAGAAGCGAAGGUGAUUCUUACAUAUAGAGAUGUGGAUGAGUGGCAUCAGUCCGUGAGCAAGACGGUUGACUACGCGGUCCGUAGUCGACUCUGGGUGACAGGAACCAUAGCCGCCAGAGCACUUGGGCUGCGGAGUUCGUGGAUUCAGCCAACGUGGCUCAAGAUAUGGGAGGGUUUCUUUGGGGGCGACUUUCAGAACAACGGAUGUAGCGCUUUCCAUGAACAUUAUGAGUUGAUCCAGCGGCUUGUGCCCUCGCGUCACCUACUCAUUUUCCACGUCCCUCAGGGGUGGGACCCCCUUUGCGAAUUUCUUGAUGUACCUGUCCCAUUGGUGCCAUUUCCUCGAGGGAACGACCCUCAGAGUUAUCAUCGUCGCCUUGCCUACUUGGUUAUCUUUAAUAACCGCACACGAGUCCACAUUAUG